AAAAGAAUAUUAAGGGGGCUAUAAUAAGACAAGAAAGCGUUAUUUUGAAAAAUGCCUUUAGAAAAAGACAUACGGUUUUUCUGCUGAUUUAAUUUUCCAUUUUUCCUGGGUUGUAAAAUGAAGGCGCCGUCAUUAAUUAUGGGCUAAUUUCUGUCUUUGGUAACAGAUGAACCCCUUUUAUUUGUACCGUCCCCUCAUCAUCAUCACGAUUCAUCCCAGCACCAACACACGCAAGUCUCUCCAUCCAUCCCUCUUUAAUAUCUCCUUCCUAGUCAAACUCUGUAACCCCUACAUCUGCCCAAUGGGCGAGAGGAGCUAUCAGCAGCGAGCCCUCCCUCAUCUCUCUCUCUCUCGCUCCCUCGCUCUCUCUCUCUCUCUCUCUCUCUCUCUCAGCUCUGACUCUGUCCACCGCGCACUAAUAAAGGAGAGGUCCGGUGCGAGCAUCCGACCCAGCGCAGAGUCACACAGCCAACAGAACCGCAGCCAGUCACGCAUCAUCCGACCUCUGGCUCCAGCUUUCAUUCGGACCUGUUUUUCUGCCUCUGAACUGAGCGCAAACCAAGGAUAUGUGUUUGGGGAGCUGACUGACUGGAGAAGUGAAACAGCCGACACUUGUUGCUCGCCUCAUCAGGUAAACCUCCUGUCGGCUGCCAGAAGUGCUCAGUGGAGAGUCUGGUGCGCACAUGGCACCGAAAACGCGCUCCUCACACUCCUGACAGCCGCGCAACAUGGAGCCACACACUGGAUAAGAGGCCUACCUAACCUACUGAAUGGGUGCUUCGCCUAUUUUACAUCACACUUAUUCAAAUUUGGCAUUUUCUUCUGAAAUCUGAUUUUUUUUGGGGGGGGUGGGUGGAACUUUUGGUGGUUAAGAAAGAAAAGAAAAAGCGCAGAGCCAUGCUGGGUUUAAACAGGAUUCUGAGCCUCCGGGCAGAGCGGAUUCGGAGCUGUGGUUCGCCGGGAGUGAGACUCUCAUCCCGGUCUUCUUCAUGCCAAAACUCCGGUGCCAGUUCGAGGAUUUACUGCGCGUGUCUGUUGCUGUUGCUGCUGGUGACGCCUCGGGUGGACUCUUCAUGGUGGUACAUUGGUGCGCUGGGGGCCCGUGUGAUCUGUGACAACAUCCCAGGCUUGGUGAACAAGCAGCGGCAACUCUGCCAGCGCCACCCAGACAUCAUGCAGGCCAUCGGUGAGGGCACCAAGGAGUGGAUCAGAGAAUGCCAACACCAGUUCAGACACCAUCGCUGGAACUGCAGCACACUGGACCGCGACCACACUGUGUUUGGACGUGUCCUGCUACGGAGUAGUCGUGAAGCAGCAUUCGUCUAUGCUAUCUCCUCAGCAGGAGUGGUAUAUGCGCUUACUCGCGCCUGCAGCCAGGGGGAACUGAAGACAUGUAACUGCGACCCACACAAGCGUGGGCGGGCUAGUGAUGAGAGAGGAGAGUUUGACUGGGGUGGCUGUAGCGAUAAUAUCAACUACGGGAUAAAGUUUGCCAAAGCCUUCAUAGAUGCCAAAGAGAGGACUGUCCGAGAUGCACGGGCACUCAUGAACCUACACAACAAUCGCUGUGGCAGAACAGCAGUGAAGCGAUUCAUGAAGCUGGAGUGUAAAUGUCAUGGAGUGAGUGGCUCUUGCACGCUGCGGACAUGUUGGAUGGCCAUGUCAGACUUUAGGAAGACUGGUGACUACCUGAGGAGGAAAUACAACGGGGCCAUCGAGGUGACAAUGAAUCAGGAUGGGACAGGCUUCGCUGUAGCCAACAAAGCCUUCAGGAAGGCCACCAAGAAUGACCUGGUCUACUUUGAGAACUCUCCGGAUUAUUGCCUGCAAGACAAAGCAGCAGGUUCCCUGGGCACGGCUGGGCGGGUCUGCAAUAAGACAUCACGUGGCACAGACGGCUGCGAGGUCAUGUGCUGUGGACGGGGCUACGACACCACGCGAGUCAAGCAAAUCACCAAGUGCGAGUGCAAAUUCAAAUGGUGCUGUGCUGUGGAGUGUAAGGACUGUGAGGAGGCCGUGGACAUACACACAUGCAAGGCCCCAAAACGAGCCGAAUGGUUGGACCAGACCUGAGGGCACGCCCCCUCUGCCCCCUGUAAUGCGACCCCACCCCUUUCCCCUUUGCAGGACAUCCUGUGGAACAUGGCAUUCUGGGAAAGUUUGUCUGAAAGUGCUCUGCGUUUUCCGCCCUCCCCUGCCCCCACUUCGGUUCAUCAUUGCAUGGCUUUUCUACUUGUCUCUGUGAAAGCACUAGAAUUCAGUACCCAUCAAUAUGAAUUAAUACCCAUUACCCCUGUUUGUGAAUGGCCUUGUGACUGAACUGCUGGGAUCAGAUGAUGAACAGUGAAACCAGUAAACACUUUGGGGUUCGGGUGGAUUGGGCUUUUAUCAAAGAUUCAGUCCAGACGGCCUUUCUCUCUAGUGUGUGAGUUAAAAAUGGUUUGCUGCUUUCAUGAUGCUUUAAAGACACAUUUUUACAUUAACUGAGCCUUCAAACGUAUCCAGUAUUAUUACAACAACAUCAUAUACUCACAUAAUUUUCUUUCUUUUUCUGGGGAAAAACACUUUUAUCUACCAAAAAGAAUACUUGGUUGGACUUUGGGAAGUAGCUUGACAAGUGCACUUUGAGAAGUGGACAUCUAAGCAUAAGUUUGGCUUUGUGUGGCCAAACUGAAGUCCAGGCAGAGGACUACCAGAGGACAUGGAGAUGGGCACCAGAUAAAUAAAUGGAUGGAUGCAUCAUUAGAACUUUGAAUGCAACUGUAAAAAAAAAAAAAAGCAAAAAAACAAACAAACAAAAGAAAGCUGUUUAAAAGUGAUUUAUUUAAAUUGUUAAGUGUUGUUUCAUUUCUCAUCUGCGGAUGAGACUGCACUACAUUGGCUGAUACGAGGAGAGAGAGGAGCACUCCCAUUAUUGUGAUUAUACAGCGUACUUUUAGUUUCCAGUCUGUUAGACGACAAACUGCCGCUGAGAAGAAGAAGAAGAAGAAGAAGAAGAAGAAGAAGAAGAAAGCCUGGAUGGUCAUUCAGUCACACAUAACCACAACAUCAGACAGAUUUCACUUCUCUGCUCUCCAGCUUGCUUGUAUAACAUUGUGUAUAUUGCCUUAUCUAAACAGAUGUUCAUAUGAAAUAUAUGGUGCAUUAGUAUGACACUGGAAUCUUUGUUUUUUGUUCAGACAGACAAACAUAAAGGUUGAAGGCAAGAAAGAGAAUAGAUAGCACCGACAGAGCAGAACUAAUCAGUGUGACCGAGCAGGACAGUGAGUCAUUUCUGUUGUACCGCUGUCAUAACCUGGCGUGUUAUUCCCACAGAGAUACACGCAGAUAAACACACACACACACACACACACACACACUUUAUCACAUCUCCUCACCAGCAUGGGUUGAGAGACACUGGGGCAGUAAUAAUACAAUCUAUGUCUGUAACAAAGGCUGAUUCUGUGCGGAUCAGGGUGGGGUGUGUUAUAUCAGUCAAGGGGAGGGAAGUGUUUGAUUAAAGGCCCAACCUAAACCCCAACCCCUGCUGGCCUCAUCCCACCCCUCGCUAUGUGGAAUUCCAGGUGGGUCCCAGGCUAAUGACUAGAUGGCCGUAAUUACCCGGGGCUGUUGAUAGCUGGUGAUUGGACAUGGUCGUGCCACAGAGGACCUAGUGUGGGCUCCUGCUGGGACCACAUUUAAUCAAAGGCUUCUUGGCCGGCUUAUCAAAGGGAAUACUUUCCAGCAAUCUUCUCUGCCUCAA